UAUAAACGCACGUGCACAACGCUGAACAACGAUCAGUUUGUAUCGGAGUCGGGCUAGAGUACAGACGCUUGGAUAGCGAACGACAGCGCAGUCGAUCUAUUUUUCUUUUUUAUUUGGCUUCUAGCCGUUGUAUGGAGCUUGAACAAUUGUCACCAUUCGUGCUAGAGAGGCAGCGUGAGGCGCUCGCGCACGCGCAGAGCGUCGAUGGCUUCUCUGUGCGGCGCGAUGAGGAGCACGGCGCCGAGGCCGAGCCCGCCGAGCCGGCCGUGGGCCGCUGGGGCGCCGAGUGGCCGAGUUGACUCGCUUCGGAGCCGCGGGCCCCGGCCCGCGAUGUGACCCGCCUGCCCCUGCCGCCCGCGCGGUGGGGCCUCCAGCGGAACCCGCUGGAACUAACCUCCUCGACCCAUGAGGAGCUAGUCACGGUCGCCGAGGCCGAGCUCCGCCGCCUCCUCGUCACUGACAACUAUGACUCCGUCAGCAACUUCAUUUCGCUGUUCGAUGCAUUUGAGAAGCGGAGGGAACCGCUGUACGACGUCUAUGAGAGCUACAAGCCGCCGAUAAGAGCGAAGAAACACACAUGUGUGGGCUUAGGCUUCGAGUUGAUCAGGCGUUGGCGCGCCAUGGACCCUGAAUUCCCUGGCUUGGCUAUAGCGACCGCUUUACUCUCCUGCGAAGAGGCAGUGGUGGAUGUCCGGGGUUAUGUCACCAGUGGAGACUGUCCGACGGCGGUAGUGGAGGCCGAGAAGGAACACGUUAUGGUGGGAGUCCAGAUCCGGGUGGAUGGAAGACCGGGGCUGCUGCUAGCCGAUCCGGGGUACCACGUGCCUAGGGUUGUCACUGUCAUGCAGGAUGGACUUUAUCCUCACACCGGCUGGUUCACACAAACCGACGAUCAGUUCCUCAAAGAGUACAGCUACGCGUUUAGCCCCCACAACUCCAACUACGUCGAAUGGCGGGAGCGGACCACUCGGGACGGCAAUGUGAAGCGCCAGACCUCACUAGUUUACACCUCGAGGCCGUAUCUGGAUGGCGUCAAUGUUACCGAAAGGAGGAACCUGGUCUACAACUUUAGGAGCCUCCUAGCCCGCGACCAGAAAGGCCAGCUCGUGGCCGGCCUGUACUUCCCCGUCGGCGCGCGCGGCAAGGACGCCUCCUUCACACUGUUCUUCGACACCGGGGCUGAGAAGAGGAAGACUAAACACAAGUUCAGCUUGUUCACUGACGAGAUUGAGAUCUCACAAACCCUGUCCGACGAGAUCGAGCUCUGCAACAGCCAAAUGAACUACCCUCAAGGCGAACUCCGUCGCAUCCUUACCAAGCUCGCCAAGGUCGUCUCCCACCAGCCCUUCAUCGAGCAGAUGCUCGAGAUCAACGAGGACAUCUGCCGCAUGAGCCUCUGACGACAAUAUGGCGUCCGCAAGAUGGCCGACGCCACAGACUAAAUAUGCAGCCAACAUGGCGUCCGCAAGAUGGCGGACGCCAAACUAUAUCCCCCGCUUCUUUUUAGAUUAGUUCCUCUAUAUUUAUAGGUAUAUUUAUUAUUGUAUUUUAAAGAUUCAUUUAAAUUUAAUGUAGAAUUUUGGUGAUGGGAUUAUUUUACAAUUUUAAAUUCUUACUUAUACUUUGUAGAUUAAAAUUUAUAUUAUUUAUUGGGAUUGGUGAAUGUUUUACUUGCUUUAGCAAUACAAUUUAUUUGACGGACA